UAUUUCCACUUAGAGGGUGUCUGUGUGUUUAUUUAUUAAGGUUGGUUAAUGACUAUGUGACUUGGGCCACCAUGUGCCUCACCCAGUGAUUGGCUGAGCGACAUUCCCAGCCAUUUCCUGCUGUGUGAGGAUCUUGGAAGGGAAUUGAUGACAGUGGAGACUUAGGCACCAUCAGAAUGGCCACGAUGGGGUUGGAGAGAAAUUUUGCUGGAAUCGGUCUUUUUAAGUGUGGACCCAUAUAUGAGGCCGUAUAGUAGCUGGAUUAUGAAAGAAGGGGAUGUAAUGAUAGGAUACCAAGUUGCCAGGAUAAUAGAAAGCAAAAAUUCAGCAUUCGCAGUGGGUGGAUAUUAUGUUGGAAACUCUGGUUGGACAACACACUUUAUAUCUAACGGCAAAGAUCUGCGUCCACUGCCUUCUGAAUGGCCUGGAUCUCUGCCCAGAUCACUGGCUCUUGGAACAGUAGGCCUGCCUGGUUUAACUGCAUAUUUUGGCCUUUUGGAAAUCUGCAAUCCUAAGGAAGGAGAAGUAGUUCUUGUCAAUAGUGCUGCUGGAGCAGUCGGAUCAGUUGUAGGACAGAUCGCCAAGUUAAAAGGCUGUAAGGUAGUGGGAUCUGCUGGUUCAGAUGACAAAAUCCAAUAUUUAAAAGAAAUUGGCUUUGAUGAAGCUUUUAACUAUAAGACAGUGAGUUCUUUGGAAGAAGCCCUGAAGAAGGCAUCUCCAGAAGGUUAUGAUUGCUAUUUUGAGAAUGUUGGUGGGAAAUUUUCCGAUGCUGUACUACAACAGAUGAAGGAUUUUGGAAGAAUUGCUGUCUGUGGUGCGAUAUCCAUGUACAAUGAUGCAGUGCCUCCAUCAGGACCUUAUAUACAACCCACCAUUCUCUUCAAACAACUCAGAAUGGAAGGUUUCCUUGUGCCGCGCUGGUCAGACAAAUAUCAAGAAGGACAAAAACAGCUCCUGCAAUGGGUUUUAGAGGGUAAGGUGAAAUAUCAUGAACACAUCACCAAAGGUUUUGAGAACAUGCCGGCUGGAUUCAUAGGAAUGCUCAGUGGAGAGAAUACCGGCAAAGCAAUUAUACAAGUUUAAAUACACUCACCUAAAGAAUUAUUAGGAACACCAUACUAAUACAGUGUUGGACCCCCUUUUGCCUUCAGAACUGCCUUAAUUAUACGUGGCAUUGAUUCAACAAGGUGCUGAUAGCAUUCUU